CUGAAUGCGCGUGCAGUUUCGCAUAUAAAAGCGAGCAUUUGGUCAACAAAAAUCAGAAUCACUCAAAACUCAAAAUGAACAAGGUAUUGAUCACUCUAGCUCUUCUUCUCGCCGUUACGGUGGCAGUUCCCCAAGGCAGGUUUUUCGGCGGCGGUGGCUUUAGAAGACCCGUUGUUGGACUGCGUCCCAUUGGUGGCUUCGGUGGUUUGGGAGGUGGAGGACUUGGAGGAUUUGGAGGCUUGGGAGGCUUUGGAGGAAGUGGAAGUGGUGCCGGUGCUGGAACAGGAUCUGCCGGCCUAGGAGGAGCCACAGCUUCAGGAGUUGGCAUUUCCAGUGCCCAGAAUGGUGGAUUUGGAACUGGCAGUGGAAGCGGAUCCGCUGGAUCGAAUUUCUUUACUGGCCAGAAUUUCGCAACUGGUGAUGGAAGCGGCCAAAGCUUCGGCAAAUAAAUUUCCUUAUAUACCCGACCUUAUUUCUGAAAUUCUAGUUGACGACGAAUAUUUGUAUUGUAUAUUGUAAAAACAAUUUUCCAACCUUAAUAAAAUAUUUACAUUAAA